GGCCCUGUGAGGUUGCACAGGGUAAGUGGCGUUGGCCAGGAGGCAGCGGCGCAGGGAGGGGAAAGGAAAGAGGAUUUGGGCUAGGGGCGGGGCCUGCGGCGCAGCGUGGCUCCUGAUUGCUGGAGCGCGGCUGCCAAUCUCGCGGUAUCGCUCGCUUAACCAGUGCGCUGGCGAGACGCGCUCAGAUAUACUGAGCGAGCCCGGAGAAGCAGCCUCAGAUCCUGACGGUGCAGCAGCCCGCAGCCUCAGCCCGGGAGUCCCAGCCGCUUUCAAUGGAGGAGAAGUCCGGCCAGCCACAGCCUCAGCACCAUCACAGCCACCACCAUCCGCACCAUCACCCCCAGCAGCAGCCGCCGCAGCCGCAGCCGCACCACCACCACCCUUAUUAUUUCUACAACCACAGCCACAACCACCACCAUCACCACCAUCACCAGCAGCCUCACCAGUACCUGCAGCAUGGAGCCGAGGGCAGCCCCAAGGCCCAGCCAAAGCCGCUGAAACAUGAGCAGAAACACGCCCUCCAGCAGCACCAGGAAACGCCGAAGAAGAAAACAGGCUAUAGCGAACUGAAUGGUAAUGCUGGAGACAAAGAAAUAACUUUAAAGAGCCUGAGUUCUGAAGAAUCUACCAACCCUAUUUCUAGGGUCCUCAAUGGCAACCAACAGGUUGUAGACACUAACCUGAAGCAGACUGUAAAGACCAGCACUUUUGGGAAAGCAGGAAUUAAAACCCGGAAUUUUAUUCAGAAAACCAGUAUGGACAAAAAGAAUGGAAAAUCUUACGAAAAUAAAUCUGGAGAGAGCCAGUCUGUAGACAAGACUGAUACUGUAGCUAUUCCAAAUGGUGUUGUAACAAAUAAUUCUGGCUAUAUUACUAAUGGUUUUAUGGGCAAAGGAGCAGAUAAUGAUGGUAGUGGAUCUGAGAGUGGAUAUACUACUCCUAAAAAAAGGAAAGCUAGGCGCAAUAGUGCCAAGGGUUGUGAAAACCUUAAUUUAGUGCAGGACAAAAUAAUGCAAGAGGCCAGCAUCCCAACCUUAAAACAGGGACUUGAAACUUUCAAGCCUGAUUGCAGUGAGCAAAAGGGAAAUCGAGUAGAUGGUUCAAAGCCCAUUUGGAAGUAUGAAACUGGGCCUGGUGGGACAAGUAGAGGAAAACCUGCUAUGGGUGAUAUGCUACGGAAAAGCUCUGAUAUUAAACCUGGUGUGAGCAGCAAAAAGUUUGAUGAUCGGCCCAAAGGAAAGCAUGCUUCUGUUACCUCCAAAGAGGACUCAUGGACCCUGUUUAAACCACCUCCAGUUUUUCCAGUGGACAAUAGCAGUGCUAAAAUAGUUCCUAAAAUAAGUUAUGCAAGCAAAGUUAAAGAAAACCUCAACAAAACAGUACAAAACUCUUCUGUGUCACCUUCAUCUUCAUCCUCUUCAUCAUCUACUGGGGAAACUCAGACCCAAUCUUCAAGUCGGUUGUCCCAGGUUCCUAUGUCAGCGCUGAAAUCUGUUACUUCGGCCAGUUUUUCUAAUGGGCCUGUUUUAGCAGGGACUGAUGCAAGUGUGUAUUCUCCAGAGGGUCAGCCACUGCUAACUACUGCUGCUAAUACUCUAACACCCAUCUCUUCUGGAACUGAUUCAGUUCUCCAGGACAUGAGUUUGACAUCAGCAGCUGUUGAACAAAUUAAGUCUAGCCUUUUUAUCUACCCUUCAAAUAUGCAAACUGUGCUGUUAAGCAGCGCACAAGUGGAUCUGCCCUCACAAACAGAUCAGCAAAACCUGGGAGAUAUCUUCCAGAAUCAGUGGGGUUUAUCAUUUAUAAAUGAACCCAGUGCUGGCCCUGAGACUGUUAUUGGGAAGUCAUCUGAUCAUAAAGUAAUGGAGGUGACAUUUCAAGGGGAAUAUCCUGCCACUUUGGUUUCACAGGGUGCUGCUGAAAUAAUUCCCUCAGGAACUGAGCAUCCUGUGUUUCCCAAGGCAUAUGAGUUGGAAAAACGGACUAGUUCUCAAGUUCUGGGUAGCAUUCUAAAAUCUGGGACUACUAGUGAGAGUGGAGCCUUAUCCUUGGAACCCAGUCAUAUAGGUGACCUGCAGAAAGCAGACACCGGUAGUCAAGGUGCUUUAGUGUUUCUCUCAAAGGACUACGAGAUAGAAAAUCAAAAUCCUCUGGCCUCUCCUACGAACAUUUUGUUAGGCUCCUCCAAAGAACAAAGAUACCAGAGAGGCCUAGAAAGAAGUGAUAGCUGGGGUUCUUUUGACCUGAGGGCUGCUAUUGUAUAUCACACUAAAGAAAUGGAAUCUGUUUGGAAUUUGCAGAAGCAAGAUCCCGAAAGGAUAAUCACAUACAAUGAAGCCAUGGAUAGUCCAGAUCAAUGAAGGACCAGACUGCCUAUUUUUAACCUUUCUGCAGCAUUAGAGCCACCACCGUUCAUGGGGGACACAAGGCUUUUAUGCUCCUAGAUCUUCAACGCAGCAGAGGAACCAUAAGUAGAAUCACAGGAUAAUAUAUACAAAUAUAUAUAUAUACAUAUACAUAUAUAUAUAUAUAGUUAUUUAAAAAAAAGGCAACUGAAAGUAAUUAGACUUCUUAAGGAAUCAAAUUUAUUUCAAGAGACUACACAUGGUUAUUUAAUCUCCGGUACUGAAUAGUUUUUUUUUUCUUUUUUGUUAGUUUUUACUUUUUAAGUGUGAAUGCAAGUGAUUAAUGAAUACAGACUAAAGCGUGGUUCUAAAGUUCCUGCUGUCAUCAUCUUGGGCAACAAUGACCCACUGGAAAGGCAAAUCCACUUAAAAGAUUUCUGUAUCUUGUUCUGUGACUAAAGUGAUACACUAAUCACUGAGAACCCAAAACGAUUCUACAUUUCCCCUUUCUCCCACUCUUCCUUUGAUCUUUUGGUUUUACUUUGAGCCCUGCAAGAAUGCUGGAUAAAUGCGUUGAAGUUUGCAGGGGGGUAGGGGUUGGUUUUUGUUUGUUUGGUUGGUUGUUUUUUGUUUUUUGUUUUUUGUUUUUUUUUAGUGGGUAUGAUUUGCAUGUCUUGCCAGAAGUUAAGCAGCCUCUUUGGAUGUUGGGGAAGUUAUUUUCUUUAUUUUUUGGUUGGGAUUUUUUUUUUUUUUUUUUUUUUUUUUUUGGUCUUUAGUUUUUGUUUUUGGUGGGAUGGGGAUAAUGGAGGGAAAUGAAGUUCUACAGUUCUGGGAUGGUUGGUGAUACAUAGUUCACUUGGCUUCGAUUUUAGAUUGGACUUAUAAUUGAAGAGUCCAUGGGUGUCAUUUAAAGAGAAAUUACAGAACAAGCAAUUGGCUCUAGGCAUUUAAUACAGAAAAAUAACUCUGUGCCCAUAUUUUAAUGUAAUUGUGUAAGUGGGAGCAAAAACAUUCUGCUUUUCAACUGUAGGUGCUCCAGAGUUGCUCUGUCACUAACACUAACUGUGCUGUUUUCCCUUGUUUUCAUCAAAAUUCUAAAGAGAAACUUCUGUACCUUUUUGUAGAUUCUCUUUAAUUUUUCAGAUAUAUAAAGAAAAGUCCAUGAAAACUAUAAAACUUCAUGUUUUUAGCCAGUGAGAUCAUAAACCCUGCCUAUAGAAGGUGUGUUUUCAUGCAAGCUAUACUUCUGAGCUUAUUAGCUUCUAAUUAUAUCUUAAUAAAUAUAUUUUAUUACUAGAGCAAAAUGGGUUUUUAAAGGAAAAUAAUGUGAAAUUCUGGAAAUUUUCUUUUGGGCAGAGAAGAGCAUUAGCCCUGUCUUAUCAUCACAUUGCCAUCCUGUUGCACUGCAGCUUGUAUAUAGCAUGCUAAAAUAAAUUUUUUUGUGUGUGUGCAGAACUAAGGGUCCAAUUUAAGAUUAGGUGAUGUUAGUGGCAUAAAAACAAGUUCUCUGGCCUGACAUAGCAUCACAUCACACACAGAAAUUAGUAUAUCCAUGUAUGUCAAAUACAGGUUAAAGUAGCAGGGCAUUUAUAGAGAGAGGUGUAGUCUUCUAAUAAAAGUAGACUCACUCCCCUAGGCAUUUGGGGAGAAGGUAGCUACUUUUGCUCUACCCCUUUGCUUAAGAAAUGUCCAGUUUUGAGUGACUGUAGUAUGGAUGAGUUUUUCUUGUUUUGUUAUUUGAGGCUUUUAACAAAUGGUUUGUGAAAGGAAGCUAUUGGAUUCAAUUUAGAGUAGAGAAAUAUCUUUAUAGUCUGGAUUUCUGCCCUGCUUAGAUUUUAAAAGUAUAAGCAUGGAUUGCCAAUUCCACUUGAUGUAAACAAAACUUUUUAUACAUAAUAUAUAUAUAUAAAUAUAUAUAUAAAAUAACUUAUUGUAUCAGUCCAGGUUCAGAAACUUGUGGUAGGCCAGUUCCAGAUAGUUUCAUUUCACCUGUAAACUGUAUCACUUUUACUGAUAUUGUAAUUUUCAAAUGUAUAAUAUGUUUACAGAUGUGCCCUGCAUUUAGUCUGCCUUGUUCCUAUUUUGAUUUUUGUUGAGUCUCCUGCCUGCUUGCCAAAAGCUAGGAUGCUUCAGGCCCAUGUACAAUUGAAAGCAGAGGCAUCCUUGAGCUUUAAAGCAUUGAACAAACUGGAAAAUGCAGCAUACCACAUACUGAAGUGAAAAGAAGUCUGUGUUUUGUGUUUUUUUUUUUUUUAAUAAAAAUUUUUAAAAAGUGAAAAAAAAAGAUAAGGUUGAUUAAAGGGGAAAAAAAGGCUCCAGUUUGUUUUAUAGGUUUUAAAGUUCUGCUGUGUGUUCAAUUGCCUUGUGUAACCACUUGUCGCCUUAGGGCCAGAUAAUCCCCCACUCCCCCUCCUUUUUCAAAAUACUCAUUUUGCUUGCCUGGGAUUUUAAAGCUCUUCUGUCUCACAACUCACAAGAAACUUUCUGGGUUUGUGAUAUACAGAGGUUGAACGAAUAUAUUUGAAGAGAGGAAAAAAUGUUAGACUGCUCCCUGCCACCCCACCCCUCCAAUUGGGCUUUUUAAUUUAAAUAUAUAUCUUUAGAAAGCUAUCAUUGCUUUCAUACUUCCUUUCCAUAUUCCUCAGGCCUCCAUGUUUAGAGAAGCCAAAAAGAGAAUGUAUUCCUUCUCUGUUUGUCCAAAGGUUUUUAAGAGUCUCACUUCUAAAUGAAACAAUACAACAUUUCACUUUGAUUUCUCCACUGAAAUUUCCUUAAUUACAUGGUUAGAGGUAUGUUAUAGUUAGGAAUGUCUCAACCUUCUGGGAACCCCAUCAGAUUAACUGUCAGUAUUUUUUGGGCAUUGGGUUAAUAGACUUAAUUGCCUACAAACAAGCAGGACUUUGGGAAAAGUCUCCUUUGUGCUGUUUGGUAACACUUAAUUCUCUACUUGUCGCAAUCUUUCUCCUUAGGUCCUCACACAAUUCCUUACAGAGCACUUAUUAAAAAUGAAUCUUAAGAGUUGAUCUGUUUUCUGAUUAUUUUUGUGUAAGCUUCUAAACAUACUUCAGCUGUGAUUAAUUUAGCACAUUUAAAUAACAAUGUGUUUGGUAUAAAUAAUUUUUCUUCAGCUCAGAGUAUUAGUACUGUAGCAUAAACCAAAUACAGUCUAGAGGGUUUUUUUAACAUCCCUCCAUUAUAAAGACUGAAAAAGGUGUGUCCGUGUGUUUUGUUGAGUGCUUAUGUGUGUGUGAGGGGAAGAGGGAGGGAGAUAUUAAAAAUUAAUAAGUGAAUGUGUGUAAGACAUUAGUAUUCAGAAUGAACUUAUAUUUAUUUUGUGCCAUUUGUUUUCAUUACACAACAAAGUCAGGUGGUUUUAAUCCUUAAAAUGGUAGUAUUUGAAAAAUGGCUCUAAGAAUGAAAUUAUGACCUAUUUUUUUAAUAUCUAUGGAGAUACUAAUUAUGGGUGAAAAUUUCUUUUUAAAUGUCUUGAUUGUAGGUUUUUGUAUCACAUGUCACUUGUAGAUGUCUUGAAUAAUUCUCUCUCCCCACAAAAGACAGGGUGUAUUUAUCUUUCUCUUUAUUCAUCCCCUACUUUGCUGAACUGAAGUUAAUUGCAUAACCUUUCCUCUGAUGACCUUAGUAAUGAACUUUCACAUAAAGUGUUUUUACAGCAUCUGUAGUAGCUCUUCCUCUCUACUUUUUAGGAGAGAAUAGAAAAUAAGUAGAAAUUUGUUGAUACAUGUUUUAUUAUUUCUUGAAAUAAAUGGCUAGAGAGGUUCUCUCCCAUUUUAUUAGAUUGUGCUUGGUCUCCUUACUCAUCUGCUUCUUCAUUACAGAAUCAGUACUUUAUAAAGAAAAAAGUGCUGUUUUUAUUAAGUAACAUUCUAGGGGAAAUAUGAUAAACCUUAAUAGUGUUUUCCACAAUAGAAAAUGUCUUUCACCAAAACAUUACAUAGUAGUGAUAGUGUCAUACUUGGUUGUUAGGCUUGUUGCUUAAUAAUCACAAGCAUCUAAUGGUUUAUUUUGCUAUAAACUUGUAAACAAAAAGUCAUUUAGUAUGAAAUCAUAUGUCAGAUACCAAAAGACUAUAGGAAAGAAAAGAUGGAAGAGAACUUUACUUUCACAAAAUAACAAGAAAAAAUCUUUGUAGACUUUUCAGAAAAAUGAAUUAGAAUUCCAAUUUCCAAGGAUUAUGAGAAUAAGUGCCGUAUCGGCAUACAAUACAAUCCUCUCACCUAUGCUAACUGCAAAACAUUAAAGUAUGACAUAAGUAUCUUGUACAGUGGUUUUUAUGAUCAGGUUUGUUGCUAUGUCAGGUUUCAGACAGGGCAGUGUCUUCAUAGUCUAACUCAUAACAUUUUUUAAAGGGCAGUCUCCAUUGGUAUGUGUUAAAAGUGAAGGGGCAGAACAAGAAGUAAUAUAGCCACUCGUAAGUUUGCAGAACACUGAAGUUAUCAUUAGUUUUAAUAUUUUUAUUACUAAUGAAUUAAACAGAGCACCAGGAUUUUUUUGUGGUGAAAAAGAUCUUAAAAUGUUUCUUUUAAAUCUGUCACUCUGUUUAAAUUGUGGGAGAAUCAGGACCACCCUGAGUUGGUUUGAAGGAUGAUGGAUCAGAGGCAAUGCUUUACUGAGUUUAAAAUUUCAUACUUACUGUCUUGCCACUCAAAAAGAUUUUAUGACUUAAUCUGCAUAAUAAAAACCCAUUGAAGUACUAAGGAAAUAUAUUGCUUUUGCGUUAUUGGGAAUGUCACAUAGCAUUUAUUGGACUAAAACUAUACUCACAGAUGAUGGGGUUUCUAAAUUAGACUUGUCUGUAUUUUAUGUCCAGCAUUCUAAAGCCAUUUUUUUUGGUUACUGCAGUAUCCCUUUUCUCCAGCCUUCUUAAAAUAACAAGCAUUUACCGAUUCAGUUUUACUUUCAAUGUGUAUGAGUUUUACCGUGCAGACACUGAACCAACUUGAGGUAAAUUAGAUAAAAGUUUUCUAUAGACUUUCCCUCAGGUGCUAAAAAAGGCUCUGAAGAUGGAUACUGUGUUGAUGUUUGCUUUAUUCUUAAAAUAUUUAUUUUGCUAGAUGUAAAGGUUCAGUGUUAACAAAUGGUUUUAAUAUGUAAAUAUGAAUGAAUGCCUUUAGUUUGCCCCUCUGUGUAUUACAGGUCUGUUUCAUAAAUCCUCCAUGGAAGAGGAUCCUUUCAUGAUCUUGAAUUUAUUUCAUUAGCUGUUGCUUUUUUAAAUGAAAAUACAACUUUUCUGUCUUGGAUUAAUCCUGCUGCUAUGAGAAACUGAAAAAUCAAGAAUGUGAUGCACUUUUUACAUUACUAUAUACCAUGCAUUUAUAGGUUGCUUUGUUCUUUCCUGUAGCACAGCCACUAACAAAAGAGAAUGAACUUUUAAAAUUCUCUGUGGGGUCAAAUUAGUAUACAAAUAACUAUCGGCCUAUAAAUGACAAUAAUCUUGGAAAAUAAAAAUUUUGUUAAUAUCACUUUUUGGCCUUAAAAUGUCUUCUACUGCUGAAAAUUUUGUUAAGUCUUAUUUUGUUUCUACUAUUUCCUCUGCUUCAAAAAGAGGAAUUUGGAAGACCUGCUUGGAAGAAGUAAUACCAUUGAUUGUUAAUGGUCUUUUAGAAAGCAGUUGUCAACUAUGGAAACUGGGGGCUUAGUUUUUGUUUGUAUUCAGAGGAGAAAUAAUGCUACCCCCAGCCAAUCAAAUUUAAUUUAGGCAAAUCAACCCUUCCUUGACUAUUCUGCUUCUCUAGUAUAUUUUUUCAAAGAUAAGUGUAGUGGGAAUACUGGUUGAUGAGGAAGAAGUUAUUUCUCAAGCACAUCCAGACUUGAAGGAAAUUGAACACAAUAUGGGGGGGAAAGAAUAUGGGUGAAAGAAUAUGAGAAAGUUGUGGUCCAAAGCUAUUUGGUUAUUUUUUGAUGUUGCCAAUAUUGCAAAGCCAAAUUUUGAUUUGCUUAUAUAAUAUAUUGGCCAGAGAUCUAUUUUUAUAUCAAUGUGCCUUGCAUGUAUAUUAAAAAUUUUUGAAAAGGCCAUGUAGUAAUGCCUGAGAUAGUUGAUGGUUCUUACCACCUCACUAAUUUUUAUGCAGUAUAAAUGCUCAUUCUAUCACCAACUGGUGCUCUCUGUUACAGAUCUUGUCACAAACUGGAACUUUUAUAAACUGGGGAAGUGAUUUAUUUUUUGGAUGUUUCCUUUUUCUUAGUCUGUUAGUGGCUGUUCUGUAGUGGGAAAUAGUAAAGGGAUUCAUCAUUCCUUUUCCUCCUCCUUCAGCCCCAUCUUCAAGUAUGUGACAAAACCAUUCUUUGUGUGCUUUGAAAAGUUUUAGCUUGUUGUCUUUAGUGUUAUUUUUUAUAAAGUGUUAUAAAAAGCAUUGUUUGCAAAAUCUAGGGAGGUAACAGUCUAAUUUGGAAUGAAUUCUGUGAGCUAUGAUCCAAGUUAUUGGCUCUUUCCAACUUAAUUUUUUUCAUUGUUAAAGCACCUUGCUCAGAAAAUUUUUAAUAUGUCUGCAACAAUUGUCUCAAAAUAAUGGACUGUGCAAUUCUUGUCAUUAAAAAAAAAAAAAAUCUGAACUCUCCCUAA